AUGCUCUCCCGCAUUCCCCCACAAACCCACAACUCAUACUCGGAAUUUCACGACUACGCUCAAAGGUCCGACUUAAUCACCCCCCAACCUCAGCAGCUCGCCUCCAUGCUUCAAACCCAAACCAAACCAUUCGAUAAUGAGAAUCUACAAGCCGGUCGCAAGAGGAGGGAGUCGGAGCUCGAUCAAAAUGAUUCCAAUGAUACCGCCGCGGUUCGACGAAGGAUAAGUCGGGCAUGCGAUCAGUGUAACCAGUUGCGUACCAAAUGUGACGGCAAACAGCCUUGUGCCCAUUGUACCGACAAUUCUCUUGUUUGCGAAUAUGCCCGCGCUCACAAGAAACGAGGGCGGGCUCCCAAGAAAGAGACGGAUGCCACUGAUGAGGCCAACUAUAUCAACUCUACUCAACCGUCUUCCAACAAUGCGUCCUCUGUGCACCCAUCGGCCGGACCUAGAAAGUAUUCCACCCCUUCUUACAACGGUCGCGAUGGCAUGCUCGAUGGGAAUACCUUGCCCACCAACAACACACCCCCAAGUGCUGGGUUUGAAGCCAACCCUCAUCAAGCCGCCUUCUUUACCAAUUUUGAUCCUUCUACGGGAGUGAGUAUUUCUGCCCCGCGCCAGUUGCACGAAAUGGAUCAGUCUAUGGUACCGCAAAUCACGCAGAGUCAGGCCAUUGAUUUUGCCGUCCCCAACCAGGCGUAUGCGCCGUCCACCCUCGACUCCAUGCACGUGCAAGGGGCGGCACAAGGCUUUGGAUUUCCGCUGGGAGACGAUUACUCCGUCGCGUUCAUGGGCAAAGCGCCGAUGGUCGAGUCGCCGGAUUGGCUUGCUCUCACAUCGCCCAUGUUCAUCAACGACCCUUUACCAGCUCAGCCUCGCAUCACAGAUACGCUCAGAUAUCCCGUGCUUCGUCCGCUACUGCCUCAUAUUGAAUCAAUCAUCCCCCAAGCUUUGGCGUGCGACCUGUUGGAACAGUAUUUCACGAGUUCGACUUCGGCUUACCUGAGGCCCGCCAACCCGUACAUAUUAGGCUACAUCUUCCGAAAGAAAUCUUUCUUGCAUCCUACCGAUCCCAGGCCUUGUACCCCGGCACUCCUGGCCAGCAUGCUCUGGAUCGCGGCACAGACCAGCGAUGCUGCUUUCUUAACAAGUCAGUUAGAUGCCAGAGCUCGGAUCUGUCAGCGACUGUUGGAGCUCACCAUCAACAUGCUCAAACCUCUUAUUCACAGCCACCCCAACACCUCCGCCCCUACGCCAAACCCCAAUUAUCCGCAGAUGGCGGCUAACGAUGGUGGUCUGGGUGCUCUUGUCGUCCCAACACACUCAGGAGGUCACGGUGUCGAUCGGGCACAGGUUGACAACCUUGCGACCUACAUCCACCUGGCCACGGUGGUAUCCGCAAGCGAACGGAAGGCAGCGAGUCUUCGGUGGUGGAAUGCGGCUUGGUCCCUCGCUCGGGAAAUUCGACUGGGUCGUGAGCUCCCUCCCAAUCCACCGGAACAGGAUGGCGAGGAGAACAACCCUGCGAGUAAUCAUGCCGACGGCCACUCGGGAGAGAAUCGAAAGUCUUCCGUGGACGACACACGGCGCAACUCUAUCGGCUAUGUGUCGGAGGAAGAACGAGAAGAACGACGACGGACAUGGUGGCUGUUGUACAUGCAGGAUCGGCAUCUAGCGCUGUGCUACAAUCGGCCCAUGUUCUUCCUCAACAAGGAAUGUGAGGGCCUGCUGCAGCCAUUGGACGAUGAUGCUUUCCAGGCAGGCCGAUUUGACAAGGCCUCGGAUCCUGCACAUCGGAGAAGAGGGUUGAACAUUGAAUGCACAUCACAUAGCGUGUUCGGCUAUUUUCUGCCUCUCAUGGUGAUUCUGGGGGAGAUCUUAGAUCUCAAUCAUGCUCGCAACCGACCACGGUUUGGACCACGAGCUAAUAAGGCUAAGAACUGGGACGACCACACAGACGAGAUCACUCAACAACUGGAGUCGUAUGGGCAGAGUCUGAAAGAUUUUGAGGCGGCGGGCGGACAUCUUCAAGAUACCAGCCACAAUGAUGUGGUAACCCCAUCAGUGGUAUCGGCGGGAACAAAUGAGUCCCACAGUGCUUCAGAGCUGGCGCUGCAGACCAAAACAGUGGUGGCAUAUGGGACACACAUUAUGCACGUGUUGCAUAUCCUCCUGACCGGCAAGUGGGACCCGAUUGCAUUGCUGGAUGACAACGACCUCUGGAUCUCUUCCCAGUCAUUUGUGACUGCGACGGGACAUGCGGUGAGUGCCGCCGAGGCAGUGGCCGAAAUCAUCGAAGAUGAUCCCGACCUGAGCUUCAUGCCAUUCUUUUUUGGGGUCUACCUGUUGCAAGGCAGUUUCUUGCUGUUGUUAUUCGCCGAUAAACUGCAAGGCGACGUCAGCCCCGAUGUGGUCAAGGCUUGCGAGACGAUUGUUCGAGCGCAUGAGGCAUGCGUGGCUACAUUGGACACCCAAUAUCAGCGUAACUUCCGCAAAGUCAUGCGAUCGGCCCUUCAGCAAGUGCGAGGGCGUAUUCCGGAGGAUCUGGCCGAACAGCAGCAUUGGAGACGCGAGGUGCUUGCUUUGUACAGGUGGACUGGUGACGGCACCGGCCUUGCAUUAUAA